ACCAAGCAGGCAGCUCCAAGCAAGCUUCCAGCAUCGACGCCGCCAACCGAAUCCGCAUCCCGUCGCUCGCAACGCAAUUCCGUUCAUUCAGCCACCUCUGAGCUUCCCCAACCUUUGCCCAUCAUGAAGCCCGUCGUCAGCGCGUUCAACGCCUGGUCUUGCACCGUCCUCUCCGUCUUUGCCAUCGUUAUCCUCAGCAUCCUCGCCCUCCUAUACCGAACCGGCCACGAGGAGUUUACUGGCGGCGUGUCAGACCCCGAUGAUGGCAAGGCAGUUUCGGGAACCAUCUUCACUGCUGUUCUCGUAUACGUUGCAUUCUUCAUCUUCUGCGGCAUCCAAGGCCUGAUGCACGCCCGAGAAAGCCGAAGAGGCGCGAUCGCUCUGUAA